AUGAUUUAUGAUGAACUCUCGAUAUUUGAUUACAUACGUUCCAAAGCCAUAUGUAAACAAUGGAACUCGAUCUACAAGUUGGAGCACCAUCGUCCUCCGAAGCCACAAGCUCCAUGGCUCAUGCUGCCCGGCGAUAAUAAUUCCACUGCCAAGUUCUUCUCUAUCGUCGAGAAGAAGAUUUAUAACAUUCCAUGCCCGGAACCUAUGAUCCGUACAAGGAUCUAUAUCGGUUCUUGUCAUGGAUGGCUGACCACUGUGGAUAGACUUUGCAACAUGUACCUUCUGAAUCCACUCACCGGGGCUCAAAUCCCACUCCUUACCUUUCGUCAAGACUCUCCUGACGCAGACAAUGACUUCACCAUCAUGAUGAUCUAUGGCCUGUGGAAAAAUCUAGCCUUUGCUCGAGCUGGGAAUAAGGCUUGGACGUCUAUAAGCUCACCUUAUUGUUACACCGAUAUAAUACAUCACAGUGCCAGAUUCUACACUAUCAAUUAUCAACGUAUAGUUGAGGUAUGGAAGCUCGAUGAACUUGCCAUUAGGCAUAGCAUCAUCAACUCAGACUUGCCUUCGCAUAUUUUCCUUGGGUGCAUAUGCACAUAUGACUUGGUCGAGUCCCUAAAUAAUAAUUUGAUGUUGGUAUAUAAGUUCCAAAAUGAGUGGAGCCCUACUGAUAACCCUAAGAACAUUAUGUGCAUGGUGUUUUCCCUGGACGAGCUGGCUCUUAAGUGGACAAGGGUGAAGAGCUUACAUGAGCAAACGUUGUUCUUGGGUAAAAAUCAAUCAAUGUGCCUCUCUACUAUAGACUUUCCGAAGUUGAAACAAAAUUGUAUCUAUUAUACUGAUGAUAUGUUGGAGUUAUGUGGAUCUUAUAAGUAUACAAAACGUCAUAUCGGAAUAUUCUACUUGGAAGAUGAGAUGAUAGGACCAAUAGAUCAUCUUGGACAUCACUUGAAUUGGCCUCCUUCUGUUUGGUUGACUCCGAGUCUAUCUUGA